CUAGUCUUGUGCACUGACGCCGAUAUAUGAAACCAAGGCCUUCUCGCUUUCAAGAAAUUCCCACACCCGGCAACAGUUCACUUAAAUAUGACGCACACAGUCGCUCAGUCGACAAUCCGGAGCAGUGGUACGAAGUGAAAAAGACAAAGAUAGACCGAGAUCACUCUACCAAAAUGACGCCGAAUAAUGCUAUACGGGCGUUGGCACUCCUUGUCAUGUUCGUUGGGAUCGUCAGCAGUUUUUCAGAAUGGUGCGGGGCCGACAACGACAGUCGCCUGGAGCAGCUCAUCGAAACAGCGCUGCUCGAUAUCCCGCGAGAGCAUACGUCUGAAAUACAGGCAGGGACCUCGCAUCAAUCUCCCCUGGGAUUCGAAGGAUACAAAGUAACCGGAUUGAAUCAGCUGCGUCGUCGGGGACCUCUGCAGACCUAUUGCGGGAAUGGAAGUCAGGUCAUCCACUUUGACCUGGCUUCCGAAGAGCCAAUCUUGUGCUCGUUCCACUGGACGGCUGGUGGCAACGGCUCCCUCGACCUCGCAGCUCACGGCGUGCGGGUGAAGACUCACCUGAAGUUUGUGCAGGGGAUUGCUACUGAGGGCAGCGUUACGGCUGGGAAAAUUAUCGAUGAGCAAGAAGAACCGGUGACCACUUCGCUGCGUGCAGCCCGAGUCACCCUGCACAUUGACGACACCAGCGGAGAUAGGACGAAGGCCUUGGCAGGAUUUCUGCGACAUCUUGCACUCGCUUCUAUCAAGGAUUCCUGGGAAGGCGUCUUUGUACCGAGGCUCGUGCGUGCUCUCAAAGAACCGUGACAAAACACGGGCAUCCUUAGCGAAAUAAAGCUGUUGAGGAACAUUUAAUUUGUUAGA